GUGACGGAUAUGAUGCUCCAGGAAAAGCUGUACCCAUCCUGGGCCAAGCCCGUCCGCAAGUGGUGGAACACCAGCUACAACCGCAUCAUCCUCUUCUGGAUCAUCGUGGUCCUGUCCUCCUUCACCGUCCUCUUCGUCAUCGCCACCGACUACAUCAACUGGGACAGCCUCAACAGGGACUUCUUGCACAGCAACGAGAUCUCCCGGGCCUUCCUCGCCUCCUUUAUCCUAGUGCUGGACUUGACCAUUGUCAUGCAGUCUCAGGCAAGUGGUUCAACUACGGCAUUCUGUUCAUCGUGAUCAUCCUGGACUUGAACAUGUGGAAGAACCAGAUCUUCUACUCCCCCUUUGACUAUGGCCAGUACGUGGACUCGGAGGGCCGCAUCCACACGGUGACGGACCGCUUCAGCCUGGACAACGCCAAUGAGUCCAUCUUGACCUUUGACUACCGCAACGUGACCAUCAACCCAGACACGGGUCAGAGGUACAUCCUUGGGGACACCAUGAUGAAUGCCCGCUACAACGGCUACUCAAUGGGCCUCAAGGGGAUGGCCUUCGUUCCCAGCAUCGCCGUGUUCCUGCUGUUUGGAAUAUUCGUGUGGAUCUACGGGAGGAGGCCGAAGCCCACACAGGAGAAUCCGUACGGAGGCCGGCUACGCAAGAGGAGGAGGAGGAGGUUUAGCGCGAGGAAGAAGUGGAAUAGCAUCAGGAUGUGGUUCCGGGGAGCGGCGCCUGUGCUGACCAGGUUUAGGAGUCGGAGAGAGGAGAGGGCUGCGGGGAGAACGGCAGAGGAGGGGGGCAAUAAUAGGGAGGAUGUGGGGGAGAGCAGAAAAGAUGGAGAGAGUGCAGAGAGAGUGGAGGAGAGGAGGGUGGCGAGAGGAGAGGGAGGUGAGGAGGACCAUAGUACUACGCAAGAGGUUGCCUUUUAAUUCUGUGGAGGGUCGGAGGGUAAAGGAGAGGGGAGGAAUGAGGCUAAAGAGAAUUGUUUUUAACUGUGGUAAGCAUAUCAUUUUUCUAAAAUAAUCCUUUUUUUUGUGGAGAAUGUUUAGCUGAUUUUGAUCAGGGGUCACAUUGGGUAUUGCCUGUUGCCACUUUAUCCAGCCUGUUAAAAUUCUGGAAUUGCUAUUUCUUUGUCUGACUUGUCUGACUUUUUUUUCGUAAACACUUGUUUCCACUACGUGCUUAUCCUUUUAACGUAUUUACAGGGUUUUUUUCUUGUGGACAUUUGCACUUGGCGCUUUGCCAUUUAUCUAGUGACAGGUUGAACAAAAUUUCGGAAAGUUUUUGAAUACCUUUCAAUUAGCAGAGAAUUUUGUUUUUGUUUUUGACAAUUACAGAAGCAUGUUAUUUUCUAUUUAAGACAAUCAAGAAAGAAGUGUAAGAUGCACAUUGGCAACUUACUGUGGACUGGAAAUCCUAUCUUAGUGGUAUUUCCUUAAUGUUUCUCAUCACUCUCAAUAUCUUUGAUGUGAUCAUACAAAAAUCAGUCACUUAAAAAAUUAUGUGAGAUACAGGUGCCUCCUCCAUCCUCCUUUCACUGUCCCCGCUCCGUCCCUCCACCCCUCCGUAUUCCUCGAAUGCCCCCUCUUCUCCUUCCCUUUUUUACUCCUUCACUCUCUCCUUCCAUCCCAUCCUCACUCCUUCACCCUCCCCCUCCUUCCAGCUCUCCCCCCCCCCUCUAAACUUGUAAAUUUCGCCGUCUCAGGGUUUGCCUGAAGUGCAAUGUCAAAUCUUGUUUCAGAUCCUGCACUUUCAAUGGAACUAUCUAAGCAAAGUUGUUUCUUGCUGUUUGGUUUUUCUUUAAAAAUUUUUUAAAAACAAAAUGUACAUAUACUAUUUUUUUCCUUUAAUUUUCUUCCUUUUAUUGGUGGCUGGGUUUCCAACUAUAUCCAUAUCAUGUAUGAGGCAUAGACAAACUGAAUCAUUUGAAGACUGAAAUGGAAAAAGGAUCAAAGUUACAGACUCGAAAUUAUUCAAUUAUUGCUAUUAGCUUGUGCAAGAAGAGUUUCAUAGUCUCCUCUAAGAAACAAUCAAACUGAACAAUGGGCAUAGUCUGGAGUCAAUUAGGCUACCUGUUUUAAAAGCGUGGGAAACAAAAUAACCCUUUCAAAACGCAGUGUUUUUUUCACUUUCAGAUUGGGAUUCCAUCUCCGAACCUGACAGUUUGACUUUGAUUAUUUUUCCAUUGUUGGUCUUCAUUUUGAUUUUAAAUAGAGCGAAAGAAAAAAAAAA